GGCGACGGGGCGGAGGAAGGCGGGAGGGAGCGGCUCGUCAGCUCCAUCGGAUGUGGGCUGAGGUUCUGUACGGAAGGGCCGGGUUGUUGCGGCUGUUGCCGCCGCUCCGGCUGAGGCACGGAGGAGGAGGAGGAGGUGGUUUGGGCGCCAUGAAGCUGCAGUCGCCUCAGUUCCAGGCGCUCUUCACGCCGGGGCUGCGCAGCGUGGCGGAACUGUUUGAAAAGAAAAACUUUGAGCUGAGAAUAGCAGGAGGUGCUGUCAGGGAUUUGCUGAGUGGAAUGACACCACAAGAUAUAGAUUUUGCCACUACAGCUACACCAGCAGAGAUGAAGGAAAUGUUCAUGUCUGCUGGUGUUCGUAUGAUCAAUAACAAAGGAGAAAAACAUGGGACCAUUACUGCCAGGCUCCACGAAGAGAAUUUUGAAAUCACUACUCUGAGAAUAGAUGUUGUCACUGAUGGAAGACAUGCAGAGGUUGAAUUCACCACUGACUGGGAAAAGGAUGCUGAAAGGAGGGAUCUGACUGUCAAUUCCAUGUUUUUAGGUUUGGAUGGGAUGCUGUAUGAUUUUUUUAAUGGCUAUGAAGACUUGAAAAACAAGAAAAUCAGAUUUGUGGGGAAGGCAAGUGAGAGGAUACAAGAAGAUUAUUUACGAAUCCUAAGAUAUUUCAGGUUUUAUGGAAGGAUCGCUGAAAAACCUGGUGAUCAUGACCCCAGUACACUGCAAGCAAUUAAAGAAAAUGCCAAAGGUUUGGCUGGAAUAUCAGGAGAGAGGAUCUGGGUGGAACUGAAAAAAAUUCUUGUUGGAAACCAUGUGAAUCAUUUGGUUCGCCUGAUGUAUGAGCUGGAUAUUGCCCAGUACAUAGGACUGCCACUGGAUGGGAAUUUAGAGGAAUUUGACAGAGUCACAAAAAAUACUCAAAACCUGUGUCCCAAACCAAUGACUGUCCUGACGUCACUGUUCAGUGUGAAAGAUGAUGUCACAAGUCUUGAUCUGAGGCUGAAAAUCUCAAAAGAUGAAAAAAACCUUGGCCUUUUUUUAGUGAAGUACAGACAAGAGUUAACCAAAGCUACAGGUCCAGAACCACUGAGGCCAUACCAGGAUUUCAUCAUGGAUUCCCGGGAAGCCAAUACAAACUCCAGGAUCUGUGAGCUGCUGAAAUACCAAGGAGAGGAACAACUUCUAAGAGAAUUGCAGCAGUGGACAAUUCCUUCCUUCCCUGUUAGUGGCCAUGACUUAAGAAAAAUGGGAGUGUCUUCUGGAAAAGAAAUUGGAGCAGUGCUGCAGCAGUUAAGGGAUGAAUGGAAGAAGAGUGGAUACCACAUGGAUAAAGAAGAACUCCUGAGCUGCCUUAAGAAGCUGUAAACCCAAGUGAUACUGGAGAACUGUUUGAGCCCUGCUGGAAGUCUGAGAUACCAGGGAAUACUUUGCCACUGCACAGUACAGCAUUUCUCACACUUAAGAUCUGCAGACAACACAGUUUCCCUGUUACUGAUUUGUACUUUCUGCAAGGAGAGGUUUAAUUUUGUAGGGAUGUAAACAUUAUUUGCCAAAUUCCACAUUCUCUACUUCUCUACUUCUUUUUGUUGUACUUCAGGCAGAAAUAUGUACUACUUUCUCUUGACCCUGAGGCAUUAGGGAUAACAUCAUUCUGAGACAUCAUUUUGAGACAAAAAACCCCCCAACAAAUCUGACAAAAACAAAGGUGUUUCUAGCCUUCAUAUUAAAUCCUGGGGGGGGUUUCUGCAGAAGGCAGAAGGCCUUUUCUCUUUGCUGAGAAGGGCAAAGUAUGUGGAAAGAAUGAACUCUUUAUUCUUUUUGUACUUAAAGCUAAAUGCCAGAUAACUGAAAUUCUUCAGCAGUUCCCAGGCAGCCUUACUGUGUGAAAUUAUCCUGUUUUCUGGAAAGAUUUUUAUUUUUCCUAAUUCCAGAAUCAGGUCCAGAUUACAAGGAUGACUUAGCUGGGUCAGUAUCAUGAACUUCUUGUCUCUGUAGUUGUUUCUCAGUAACUUUUCUAUUGCCAAGUAACUAAACCCAUGGAAAACUGGUGAAAAUUUUCAACUUUAUGUGUGAAAGACAAUGUUAACAGCAGCAGGGGAGGGAGAUCCGUGUUCCAUGCCUCAUGCACACUGUGUUCUGUAUUGAGAAGUUUUCUACUGUUCCAGAGCGAAUCUUUACUUUUAGUCUAAGGAAAGCCUCCCUCCUCUCUGAUUGUCAGCCCUUCUGUUUUAACUUCGUUGGGAUUAUUCUGGGAAGAAGUCACAGCAGGGUCUUCCCUGUGUUGCUUCUGUGGGAAUUACCUUCUGUUUCACCCUGGACAGAUCCAUGUUAGAGAUGCACUCUGAAAACAGUUCCAAAGGAAACUAAAUACUUCACCCCUUCAACAUUAAUGAAGAAAUACAUCAAGAACAUUUUGGGAAAUGAGAAAAGAAAAGGGAUUUGAGUAUUAGUUAAAGCUGAUGAGGGAAGGAAACUUGGAGAGCUGUUUGCCCUUGGUACCUGAUAACAUCCCUGGCUUUUUUGUGUGCUUUUUAAACAAAAAUCUCAAGAAACAGCUCCAUGUGAGAGCAGUGCUGGUGUGUAUAACUUUUACAUCAGAUUUAAGUUUUCCUACAAAACCCAGGGUACCUAAUAAAAUUGUUGGGUUUCAUUUUUUAGUGCUGGAUGGCAGUAGUACCACAGCAGUGCUACAGCCAAGCAGCAGUUUAUGCUUCUACACAGACAACUUUCAAGCUGCUUUUUAUUUCUUUUCUUUCCUAGGAAGUCAGUUACCUUAAAUAAAUUAAUCUGAAGGUACCUGGGAACUUCAGGAAGACAGCAAGGGAACAAAAAAAGUGCUGGUUUUGGCUGUUAAUAAGGUAAAUCUCAUAAGAACAUGAUGGGGUUUGAUUUAAUUAUGUAAUUAAGCUGAAGCCUCCUUGUGCAAUUCAUGGAGCUACUGAAAGCUUGGGAGGGAGACAAGUGAGGAAAUGCAGAGCUAUAGUAGACUCUUUUAAAGAACUCCUCACAAAACUCCACCCUUUGGGUAACUUCUGUGGAGCUGGUAAAAUCUUGAUGUUACCCAAAAGUGCUGCCAGUUGGGUUGGGCUCCACUUGAAGGGUUUUGAAGGACAGGAUUUGAAAUCUUGACAAUCUCCAGCACCUGUGAAAAGCAGCAGCAGCAGCUUCUGCUGAAGCAGCCUAAUGAAACACUGCUGCCUGGAAUCCAGCAGAAUUAGCACUUUGGCUCAAAUUGCUAAUUUACAAACCAUGUUAAUCUGCAGGUUUCCAGGUGAUCUGUCGAGCAUCUCUCAUUUCAAAGAAAUUAAAAAAUAAAACUGCACUAAAUCAAAAGGAGCAUCCCAAAAGCAAGCAGUACCACCUUAAACUAAUGGUUUGAACACCAAUUACACCUCUUAAAACAACGUGUUUGAAUAAAUACUUUUUAUAGAAUACAAACUAUUUAAAUAUCAAGUGAGGAGGCAAGAGGUGAAGCCAUUGAUGGUUAAGUGGUCAGGUGAAGUACUCCAGUGGGCUGCCUGAGCAGUUAAGUGAUAUUUGCAAUGUUUUCAUUACAGUUACACCUGUAGAGAAAC